AUGAAAAUAAGAUGUGGCUGCUACAGACAUAGAUUGAGACACAAGUACUUCCUGUUUCUUCUGUCUCUGGCAGCAGUGUGUUUGCUCAAGCUCAUGUACAUCAAAGUCAAAGUAAGAGAGAACAUCUACUUUGACCCAUUUGGAAUCUCUGAUAGGCUAUCUCCAGUUCACAGCCACACAUAUGAAGUCAACUGCACUGCCAUCUAUGAGCUUGACCCAGUGGAGAUAGGCAAGGCUCUCCAGAUUGAACAAAAAACCAUUGCCGUGGAUGAUGAGACCACCGUGAGUCUGACCUUGGACUGUGUAAUGUUUAUCAAAACGAGACGUUAUGAUAGUGUCCUAGUAUCAGAGGUGGAGCGCAACUUUCCACUGGCUUACUCCCUGGUGGUGCAUAAAGAUGCUCCCAUGGUGGAGCGUAUUCUUCACGCCAUUUAUGCACCUCAAAACAUUUACUGCAUUCACUAUGACCAAAAGUCUUCGCCAACAUUUAUCAGGGCCAUGGAGAACCUUGCUCAGUGUUUGUCUAAUGUGUUUGUUGCUUCACAACUGCAGUCAGUUGAAUAUGCCCAUAUCAGCAGACUUAACGCCGACCUCAACUGCCUCUCUGACCUACUGAGGUCCGAGGUCAAGUGGAAGUAUGUGAUUAAUCUCUGCGGCCAAGACUUUCCUCUCAAGUCCAACUAUCAACUCGUCAGGGAGCUGAGGCAACUGAAUGGGAGAAAUAUGCUUGAGUCUUGCCGCCCAAGUGAAUUGAAGAAACAACGCUUCAGCUUCCAUCAUGAGCUAAAAAAUGUGUCGUAUGAGUACAAACGUAUUCCUAUCAUAACAGAGUUGGCAAAAGAUGUUCCUCCACAUGGAAUUGAGGUGUUUGUUGGAAGUGCGUAUUUUGUCCUGUCAUGGGAGUUUGUGAAAUAUAUAAGCAGCAACAAAGUGGUGAAGGACUUUCUUGCAUGGUCAACAGACACUUACUCACCAGAUGAACACUUCUGGGCCUCCCUUGUCAGGAUGCCAGGUGUGCCAGGACACAUUUCCAACUCCGAACCAGAUGUUACUGACUUAAAGAGUAAAACACGACUUGUAAAAUGGCAGUACUUAGAAGGGCGCUUUUAUCCUCCUUGCACAGGUAAACACGUUAGAAGUGUUUGCAUCUAUGGAGCUGCAGAACUUCGUUGGCUCCUCAAUGAUGGUCACUGGUUUGCUAACAAAUUUGAUCUCAAAUUUAACCCAAUCUUGAUACAAUGUUUGGAAAUGAAGUUGAUGGAAGUGCAGUCUAAAAGGGAACCCUGA